AUGGGUAUCACCGGCUUAAUUCCCUUCCUUGAGAAAGCCUCAAAACGAGGAAACAUCAGCCAAUUUGCAGGUGGGACUGUUGCCAUUGAUUCGUAUUGUUGGCUCCACAAAGGAGCAUUUUCUUGUGCUGAUAAAAUCGCACUAGGUCAACCCACUGACGCAUACGUCAAAUACUGCAUGAAAUUCGUGUACAUGUUAUUGGCAAAUAGAAUAAAACCCAUUUUGGUAUUUGACGGACGACAUCUUCCAGCCAAGAAAGAAACAGAAGUGAAAAGACGAGAAAAUCGUGAAUCAACUCGCCGCCGAGCUGCAGAACUGAUGAGAAUGGGCCAAACGGCAGAAGGAAGAAAUCUUCUAAGAAGAUCUGUGGACAUAACUCACGAAAUGGCGUUGGAAGUAAUAAAAAAAUGCCAAGAAGAAAACAUUGAUUGUAUCGUUGCCCCUUACGAGGCUGAUGCUCAAUUAGCAUAUUUAAAUAUUAGUGGAAUCGCGGACGUUGUAAUCACAGAAGACAGCGAUUUGACGCUGUUUGGUUGUAAAAAAAUAUUUUUCAAAAUGGAUAUAAAUGGCAAUGGUCUUUUGGUUGAACAAGAACGUCUUCAUUUGGCGAUGAAUAUACGAUCGGAACAUUUUGAUAUUGAAAAAUUUCGUUACAUGUGCAUUCUCUCAGGCUGUGAUUAUUUGUCCUCGUUACCCGGAAUAGGAUUGAACAAAGCGUGCAAAUUCAUAAGCAAAAACACGGAAGAAGAUAUACACAAAGCGCUCUUACGUCUAGGUUCAUAUUUGAAUAUGAAAGCUCUCGUGGUUACGAACGAAUAUAGAGACGCCUUCGUUCGUGCUCUCAUCACAUUUAAGCAUCAAUUAGUAUAUUGUCCGAUACAAAGAAAACAAGUGAGACUCAAUCCGCCGGGACCAGAAAUAACUGAAGAACAAUUGCAUUUCGCUGGAGAUGAAAUAUCAGAAGAUGUGGCCUUUCAAAUGGCACUUGGAAAUUAUGAUCCAUUCACCAAACGUCAACUUCAUGAUUUUCAUCCAGAUCGAUCGCGGCAACACCGAGGAAAAACGAAUUCGUGGCACGAAAAACCAGCCAGGGGAUAUGUUAGCAUAUGGUCGAAAGAUUACAAAGUUCCUGAAGAAAAAGAAAAUGAAGAUACUAGCAAAGUUAUGAAAUGGCCAAAUACAACUGGACGAGUUAUAACGCUUAACACAGAUGCGAUGAAAAAACAAACUACAACACCCAAAAAGCGCAACUAUACAGUAAUGGCAGAGGAGCUCAGCGAAGAUGAGAUUUUUAGACUCUACGGUAACAAUAAAUUGAAGAAAAACGAUGAGGAAGAGGAAGGUCGAAAAACCCCACCGCCACAGUCGAAUUCAGCGGCUUUUUUCGACAACGAAGCGAACGGUUCGCCGGUCUCCAUGAGAAAAACAAAUCCAUUCGCAGUAACCGGAAACGAUUUACAAGUUUCUCCAAAUCUUGUUUGUCGUGGAAAGAGACGAAUUAAAUUGAAAAAUUUCGUCGGUUUUCGGUCAACAGUAAUAGACGAAAAACACAUUGAAAGAAGUAAAUACUUCAGUUCCGAAGGGGCGAAGGGUAACUCAAUAGAAACGGGGGAAAAUGUAGAUAGUAAAGGCGACAAAUUCUCAACGAGUGGAAAGGACAUUGAAACUGACGAAAAUUUCAUCAUAGACAGUAGCGAUACUAUCGAUGAUCGAGAAACAAAUUUCAUUGAGGAAACGCAAUCCCAAGACAAACUUUCUACAUCAUCAGGCAUUUCUUCCAGUGAAUCGAUUAGUGAGGAAAAUUUAGCUCGAGAUUUAAUAACGAUUGAUAAAAACGAGCCCAAUAUCGAAAUGGAACCCAUCUCCAAAAAUGAACUGCUGCGAGGGAAUAAUUUACUGGAUUUACAGGGAUUAGUUGAAACAGGAGAUAAAAAGACACAUCAUAUGGAGGAGGAUGUAUCAAGAGAGUAUCCAUUUGAGGCUGGAAUUAGAGGAAAAUCUUUUCAAAAUAGCAACGAAAGCCAACCAUACAACUUAUUUAAAUGGGCUAAUUCGAAGGAGAGCCAGAAACUCAGUAUAAAAAGUAUUCAAGCUAAAACCAAAUCUCAUACUCCUGCCAAAAUGAAAACAAUCAGAAAAACUCCGUCUCAGGGAAAAAUUGUUCCGGCGGCUGACCGCCAACAAAGUCUAUUGCACAUGUUUGGAUUUCAAAAAAAACCUGCACUGACGCAUUCAAUGGCAACAACCGUCGAGUCAAACAGUAUGGAAACCUGAUCAGAAAUCUGACCCAAUCCGUAAAAACUACGAUAUUGAACCAUGACUUAGUGAUAAUUUUUUUCACUUUGAAAAUUGCAGUGAAAAAAAAACAAAUCAUGUUAACGUUAAGUAUGUUAUUGUUUUGUUAUUAUGAGAUGUAAAAACAGUGUUGAACGCUGAUCUCUAUGUUGAUGAAGAGAAAAUUUAUCAACGCAAAGAUCAAAUUCUCACAUACGUAACUGAAAACUGCCUAUAGCGUUGAAUAUAUUAUUAUUUUUUCAUACAAUA